CUCCAUUAAUACAAGCUCUAUGUUUCCACGUUUGUGACGUAAAACCUCGCAUGUGGCGACGCAUCUACAAAACUACCUAACUUCAGAUGUGACGCCGAGUAGUGGAGUAGUUCGGGUGAAAACGUUUUUGUAUACGUAUGAUUGUGUGGCGUGUGGUAUCAUCUGUUUAUUUGUCCGAAUAACUAAAUUAAUUACUGAAAUAAACAGAUCUCGUUUGCGAUGGCAUCGGAGGUGUUGAAGGAACUAGAAGCCGCGGCGCAAAUCGUUCUGGCGCCACCGAAUCUAGUCUCGUUAGAACAGCGUCAAUCUGCGGAAGCUGUAUUUCUCAAUUUUCGUAAAACGAAGUCGCCGUAUCAGCUGUGCCAGCAAAUUUUAGAAUCGAGUACUGUAGAUUACAUAUUAUUUGAAACGGCUGGUUUGAUAAAGACAGCUCUGAUACAAGAGUGGUCAAAAUUGUCGGAAUCUGACAUUUCUUCUUUGCGACUGUAUUUGUUGCACUAUGUUAUGAACAAGCCUACAUUAGCGCCAUACGUUAGGGCAAGAAUACUCCAAGUUUUUGCAAUAAUGGUUAAGAGAGGUAGUGUGAACGACUUCGGACAGGAGAGAGGUAAAAUACUAAAUGAAAUAGAACAGCUAAUUAAAAGUGGGAACUUACCAAAUCAAAUUUUGGGAUGCAAUAUUUUAUCUGCGAUAUUACAAGAAUAUGCAACGACUAUUAAAUCGUCCGAUAUAGGUCUGACAUGGGAGGUUCAUUUUAAGGAGAAGAGACAGUUUGAGCAAAACGAUAUGAAAAAAAUUUUUAAAUUUUGUAUCGAAGUAUUAGAUGAAAUAAUUAAAAAGGACUUCGACGAAUCAACAUUACCCUUCGUGAAGGCUUUACUUUCUAUCGUAGAAAGUAUAUUAAGCUGGGGAUUUAUUUAUGCAAAUUUACCUAGACGAUUAAUGAGUUUGUGCGAAGUUUAUGAAGCUGGAAAUAGCCCACCACUGAGGUUACAAUCACAGUGGCAGGAUGUAAUACUGGAUCCAGCAGUAUUAGACUUAUUUUUUACACUGUAUUGGAAAGUACGUAGCAAUCCGCAACUAGCUCACCAUGCUAUGAAUUGUCUGAUACAAUUGGGAAGCUUGCAUGGUAAAGUCCUAAGUGUAGAACAAGUGAAACUUCAAUACGUGACAAAUUACAUGCAGAGAUUUUUGAAGCUUGUAUCAAGUAUUGAAAUUAAUGAUCAAGAGGCAAAUGGGAUUACCAAUAUUAUAAAAAAGAUUAAUUAUUUCUUUCAAAGUUUAUUGAAGAGUCUUCCCGGAGGCUUAUACGAGACAUUUAUAGAACAAAUAACAAGAUUAACAUGUUUAUUUAUAGAAUGUGCCGCACAAGAAGAAUUGACACAUUCUGAUGAUUGUUUAUAUAUGGAAGCUAUGGAACAUAUAUUUGAAGCAUGGUCAUGCAUGUUAUAUUCAUCGUACGCAUUUCCACCAGAAUUUUGCAAGCUAAGUUCUAUUCAGAUAUUUAACGUAUAUCUUCGGUGUCACUUAUCACCUCCAGAGGGUGUGAGAAAUGUUGGGAAAAAUCUUAGUGAGGAGGUAGCAGAUGUCGAGGAUGAUGACAAAGUUAAAUUUAAGGAUCAAUUACAAAUAAUUGGAAACUUUGCUAGACAAGUGCCAGAACAUUCUUUACCUUUAUUAACGCAAUUACUCGAAGAUCGAAUACAUAAAUUGCGCGAUAAUUUGAAUAUAUUGGUCGAACAAAAUGAAUCAUUAUCCCGACCCGCCUCUAUGGAUGAAUUGUACGAGGAUUUGCAUUGGCUCAUCAUGAUAAUAGGACAUGUUCUCUGUAUGGAAUCAGAUGGUGAAACCCCAUUGAUACCUUUGGAAAUUACACGAUGCAGUAUGAAACAGUCCCGAGAGGGAAACGUUGACGUGAACCGUACGUUGGAAUUUUUAGUGUCUUCGCAAAAUGUACAAUCGGAUAUAAGUAGUCCCACAAAUUUAAUCGAUCGGGUCAUUCGAUUAAUCGCGGGCAUUUUCCGCUUAUGCACCAUUGAGAAAACUGCUAUGUCGAUACACUUGGAGAAUAUACUUAGUCCCGAAUUGAGCAGUACGAUUAUAUGGUUUUUACAUAGAUGGUCAGAGAUGUAUCUUUUACCAACUGAGGACUGUUACAGCGAAUUAAGCACCACACUUUUGCACGCUUUUGGUGAAGAUAGUCCUGGUGCAUUGUGGUCAAUAAAUUUUCUCCUGGACAAAGUAAUUUGCAACAUCAACGCUUUCAAAAGUGAACCGGCGUUAAUAGAUAAAACUAUAAAAUUAUUAAUAUCUCUUGUGAAUUCACGAAAAAGAGCCUCCUGCUUAUCGAAAUCUGACCAAUUCAAUUAUAUUAUCGAAUUGGCCAUGAAAGGGCAAUAUGAUUUCCCGCAGAUUAUUAAAAGAGGUUUAAUGCGUGCGGUGGUUCAUGCCGGUAGCGUAAUAAUGCCCGAGCAGCAUUACUGGUCGCAAACUCUAGAAGUUUUGCAGAACAGAUUCACACAAUUAAUUUCUAGUAACAAUUUUAUGUCAUCCUACCAUGAAGAACAGCUUAAAGUUCAAUUCAUAGAUAUACUAGAAUCCUGUAUAGGUGUCGUGCAAGGUGCUGAAAGUCCGAUAGUAACGCCCGUGUAUCAACAUACUUUUCCUAUAUUAGCCGAACUUCCAAAAAUGUUAUCCCUGUAUCAUAAUUAUCAAGAUAUAGUGCAGCUGAUAUUAGAACUAUUUAAUGAAUAUACAAAAAUUAUAUUUUUCUUACCAAACGCUGAUAGUACGCGUGUGUAUGAAACCUGUAUGCAAGUGAUGCAAACGUAUGCUCGCUGUAAUAGUCAUCGAUUUACUGUAGAUUCGACUGCGGAAGAGGAUAGUUUUCAGGAUCUUCUAUUACUUAUGCGAUUAUUAACGAAUUUAUUAAUUAAAGAUAUAUUUCAUAUAAAUCAAGAAACCAUCAACCAACCAACUAACCAACCUGAAUCUGCAGCAUCGGCUGCUGAGUCUAUUCCAUCUACUGAAGUUUUCUUGUACGGCUUAAAUAUAAUCAUGCCUAUGAUGACAAUGAAUUUGUUAAAAUUUCCCUCGCUAUGCUUGCAAUAUUUUAAAAUGGUAACAUUUGUAUGUGACUUAUGUCCUGAGAAAAUUUGUGGCCUAUCUGUUAAAUUGUUGCAGCAGCUUUUAGCGUCGGUAGAAUUAGGUUUAUACUCGUUUGGCAAUGAAGUAGCUAGCCUUUGCUGUGAUACAAUCCAAGCCUUAACUAAGCAUAUUUGGGAUGAAACUGCACAACGUCGACAGCCACGCAAUGACAUAAUGGCUCCUUUUUUGAAUUUAUUAAUGAGUCUUAUUUUGUCACAUCAAAUGGAUUCAGAUUUGAUCCCAAACGCUAGUAUGCCUCUCUAUUAUCUCAUAUGUUGCUACCAAGAACAAUAUCAACAGCUCGUACGGAAUAUUGUAUCUACUCAAACGGAUCCGGAAACAGCACAAAGAUUAGCGAAUGAAUUUACCGGACUAACGCAGGGUUUGGAUUUACAUUACGUAACUAAUGCCGAUUUUCGUUUUCAAAAAACAAAGUUUAAAGAAAAUUUUGAGAAAUUUAUUGUGAGCGUUCAAGGAUUCUUAAUGGUUAAGUAAAAAAAAAAAAAAAAAAAAAAAAUAGAAAAAUUAAAAUGUAAAUAACCAGAAAUAAAAGUUUUAUUUAAACAA